UUAAUACACCGGUUACGACAAUUGGUAUUUAAGCGCGACGCCGAUCGGUGGUGAUGGAUUUCUAGUUUGACUGUCUAUACAUAGUUUUCGACUAUGGCACGAUUCGCGUAUUUUCUAUUCUUCGGAAUGGCGCUGGUUAAUGUUGCGAGUUCAACUUACUCGGCUUGUGACUCUUGCACUGACCGAGCAAAUUCCACCAUGUUGAAGAAUAUCGAGUUGUACAUAUUCACUAGUGCUGCUGAAAACACAAGCGUACUAAUUGACGCUGCGAGCAGUUUAGUGGACAAAAUCGACGCCAGCAAGUCAACCGUUCUUUACCUUCACGGCUGGACAGAAUCCUGCGAAUCAUCGAGUGUGCAGGAAGUAGUGGCAGCCUAUUUGGAACGUGCCGACUACAACGUGCUGGUCCUAGACUACAGCGAAAUAGCCGCACAGGUUUGGGACUACGCAUCGUUAAGCACCGAGGGUGUUGGCUACACGGUGGCACAGGCUCUCGACGAAAUGGUGGCAGCGGGGUUGGACGCGACGACUCUGCGCCUGGUCGGUCACUCGUUGGGAGGCCAAGUUGCCGGUUACGUUGGGAAGAACGUGAACUUCACCAUCCCAAGAAUCACAGCUUUGGAUCCAGCAGGUCCCGGAUUCUCGGAGAGCGACGUGCAUCUGCAGGCCAGCGACGCUGGUUUCGUCGAGAUCAUUCACACCGAGGCUUCGUACUUGGGCAUUGACUACAGCGCGGGCGAUGUCGACUUCUGGCCUAACGGCGGCUCCUCUCAACCAGGAUGCUCCGUAACUUCCGAACUUCUGCUGAUCACCUGCAGUCACGCCAGGUCCUGGGCUUAUUAUGCGGAGUCCUUGAUCAAUGAGAACGCGUUCGUCGCCGUCGCUUGUGACUCUUAUACGGAAUUCAAAAACGGCUCAUGCAGCUCCAACACGGAGGUGGUAAUGGGCUAUGCGACACCGAACACAGCGGCCGGGAACUUCAUGCUUCAGACCAACAGCGACUCACCGUAUGGUCGAGGAGACAAUGGAACUACGUAUGAGGCAUAGAAUCGUCCAGGUUUUACGAUCACGUUUCAUCCUCUCAAACAGACGCGGAGGUCGUAUCUCGCGACCUUCAAUUUCCAGCA